GACCAAGCAGGGCGAUAUCAAAAUGUUCUCCACCCGCGGCGACUUUGCUCUGAGUAAAAGUGAUGGCGUCGAGGUUGUUUCUCGUGCAGAAAGCGAUAAUCGUGCAUCUAGAUUUCUCAACAAUGUAGGAGAGAAUCUUCUGCGCGGCAUCAAUGAGCGCAAUAGAGGUGUCGCUCCAUUUGCGUCGAUCUCCUCGCCUGGCAUUGGACUGGUGCCCAGGAUGGAGAGGAAGAUUGGCAUAGAAUUCCCGGAGACCUUCUGUCAUAUCUCACAGAAAGACUGUCCAGCUUUGAUUGGGACAGGGGCGCGCGCUAAGAAAUUGGCAGGCCUCAAGAACAUUGAUGUGUACGCCAUGGGAUUUUACAUUGAUUCAAGAGCAGCCAAACAAGAGUUGGGCCGUGAUUUUGACUGUCUCCCUCCUGUGAGUCUGGAGCACAACCAGGUCCUUGCAGAGCGCUUGAAGACAGCCAACAACAUCGAGAAGACCGUCAGGAUUGUGGUCACCAGUGGCAUGGUGAAUCAGUCACGCUUCUCAAAGGGGCUGCGUGAAAGCUUGGAACCCCGCCUCAAACAGACUGGGGACACGGCUGCUCUCGACGAGUUUGAGGCGCUCUUCAAGGGUGCACAAUUUUACAAGGGCUUGGAGAUGAGCUUUACCAACACAAAGAACGGCAGCCUGGCCCUCAGGAUAGGCAACAAGGAGGUGGGUCAAGUCCACGCCCCAGGCUUCACAAGGGCAUUCUUUGAUCUCUACUUGGGAACAGAUCCCGUUUCACCGGACGGCAAGGCCAGCAUUGCUAAGGGUCUUGCUGCAGUCAUUUCUAAAGCAGGAUCAUAGAGCAGGAAUGGUCGCAUUGGGCUCAGCAGCAGCUGUGUUCGAGAACAAAAGUCAACAGUGUACAGUGGAUCCUGUGAUAGCAGUACUGACAUGAGUUGAGCGACUGGUUGAAGCACAGAUAGAAGUUAAGUUAUGGUAGUCCAGAGAUGUGUUCAAGAUUUUCUGAUGUGAUCCAGUUGCACAACCGUGGGAGAGCGAGCAUGCUGAAUUCAUCAGAUCAUCAAUAGAUGUUGAUCAGCGGCCUGAAGUAGAACGGUAGGUCUUGCACUUAUUGCCC